AUGUCUCUUGAAUCUGCCCAGCGUCCUCUGGGCCCUGAUUUCUGCAAUGUCACUAUCACCUUAACCCAUCCUGGUGGCGAGGAUACCGUCUUUGUUAGUAUAUGGCUGCCCCGGCACGGAUGGAACGGACGGUACCAGGCAACCGGCGGCGGCGGUCUCGCAGUCGGCCACGACCUGGCCAUGUAUCAACCCGUCCUGAACGGCUAUGCGUCCUCUUCGACUGACGGCGGUCUCACGUUGAAACACACCGUCGAUCCCCAACUCGGUUCCUGGGCCUUGCACAAGAACGGCACCCUGAAUGAGCCUCUGCUGGUGAACAUCGGGUGGCGCGCGAUCCACGACGCAGCCGUUGCAUCCAAGUCCAUCAUCAGACAGUUCUACGGCAUCGACCCGCAUUAUUCUUAUUACACGGGCUGUUCGCAGGGCGGCCGGCAAGGCUAUGCCGCCGCCGCCAAGUAUCCGGGGGACUUUGAUGGGAUUCUUGCGGUCGCCCCGGCAAUCAACGCGGAUUAUGUAGGGCCGUUGGACUUCUGGCCUGCCGUGGCGAUGCGAAACGAACACGAAACCCCGCCGUUCUGCGUGUUCGAGGCCUACCAAAGGGCCAUUACCGCGGAGUGCGAUCCGCUGGAUGGUGUAGCGGAUGGGUUUAUCUCGGAUUGGGACGUCUUGACCAGUUGUCCGUACAAUCCCGAUACCUUGAUCGGAGCUUCGGUGCCCUGCGAGGCCAUCUCCGCGAACGUCACGAUCACCCCGGCCCAUGCCAAGCUUGUCUCCAUGAUCUUGGACGGUCCGCUCAAUGAGUCGGGCAACCCUGUUUGGUGGGGCCUUGCGCCUGGUGCUGCGUUCUCGACCACCGCAAAGACAGUCCGGAACGACGACGGCGUCUGGACGCCAGACCCGUUUGUCCCAGGUGCCGCAUGCCUGAAAUACAUGUCCCUUCGCGACCCGGACUACGAUCUCACCAACAUGUCGUACCCCGAUUUCUUUCGGGGCUUCGAGGCCUCCAGGGCCGGAAUGGGGAAGUACUUUGGCAGCGAGUGGUUGGAUUUUGCGGGAUUCCAAGCCGCCGGGGGCAAGUUGCUCAGUUGGGUCGGAUUGGCAGAUGAAUGCAUCCCGCCCUCAAACGUUCUCGACUUCCGUGACCAUGUUGAAAAGGUGUUCGGGUCUGCGGACAACACCGAUCAAUUCUAUCGGCUGUUCACGGCCCCUGGAGUUGCGCAUUGCCAGGGAGGCGCUGGGCCCCAGCCGCUCGAUGCCUUCGGGGCACUCAUGGACUGGGUUGAGAACCAUAACGCCCCUGAGUUUCUGCAGGCCAGGAUCGAGAAUCAGGAUGGCCACGAGAUAACCCGGAGCUUAUGUCGAUACCCAAGGAAGCUUGUGUAUAAAACGGGCAAUGUGGACAAGGCUGACAGCUUUGAGUGUGAGUGAGAAGAUUUCCUACCGAAUUCUGGAUGCAUCUUUUACUCAAGGUAUAUAUAUAUAUAUCUCUCUCUCUAUAUCUCCAAAAGAAACAUGUCUACCAUGUAGCUAGAAACCAACACCAUCUACACAACCUGACUCCAAAUCUCCUGUCCUGAAAUCAACGUACUCACCACCAUAGUAAUCCCCACCACCAAAUCCGACACCUCAAUCCACCGCAGGAACAAGCCAGGAAUAAGCAAAUCACACCCGUCAGCCAGGAGACGCCUCACAAAGGGCGCAACAGAGGGGUUAGUAGCCGCCUCUUUCUCUUUCU